GAGGUUUUAAAUGUCCUAGAGAAGUACGGCACCCAUGUCGGGAUGUUAGACACCACUACACCCUCUGGUCCUAUCCCAUGGAGUGGAAAGCUUCGAUUCUUGCCCCAUGUCUAUCAUCAUAUCUCAAGGUCCACCCCGGUCCAGCUCACGAUGCCAGCUUUCCCUUGCAAGAGCCUGAAUCGCGAGAACAAAGUCCUGGGCCAUCUUCCCGACCUCGGAGAAGAACUUGCCCUUCGCCGAUUGAAUGCAAUGGCCGAGAAUGUGAAGGAGGCCUACGAGUUUGGAGCCGUCGUCAACAUUGCGUCUGACGGAGUCUUGUUCAACGACGUCCUCGGUAUCAGCGACCAAGACUGCUGGGACUAUGGAGUCGAGCUUGAAGCUAUCAUCAAGAGGGAAAAGUUGGAGAAUGUCAGGUUCAGACCUUGCAUGAGUGUGCUUGGCUUCAUCUGCGACGAUGGCUUGACGGAGAAAGUGUUCCUCGACACAGCACAGAUGUGCCGCGAGCAGCUCGAAACACGGUUUGCCCCGACAGAGCAACACCUUACACAGCUGAUCAAGAGCGAUGAAGAUACUAUGCUGACUUACUGCGGCAUGGUCAAGUUUUUGCAGUCCGAGAUGGAGACGAGUCCGACACUCAUAGGGCUGGGGAGCAGUGCCAAGAUCAGACUGUACAAGAAGACGGCAAAGGCGAUGAUGAGACGGUCUGAAGCGUUCACAGGCGCCAUUCGGACUCUGUUCCCUCACCACGUUCGCCUAUCGAUGCACCCAUCCUCGGGUGCUUCAAAGCUUUCUGUCGCAUUGAUCCCGGCAGCCGAUGGAGGAUUCCAGAAGUCACCCUGGCACAGUUGUGUUGCUCUGGGAUUGAACGGCCAACCAGCUUGUGUCCACUCCGAGGACGUUAGGGACACUCAUGACCUCAUUCUGCGAAAUGGGCGUCCAUACUUUUUUCAAGAA